GUCCCAAAGAUAACCACUGUUAAAAUUCUGGUAUAUAACUUCACAGAUUUUUAAUGCAUGUAUACAUAUAAUGUUCUUUAUAACAAAUGAAAUCAUAGAAAGAUGUUAUUUUAAAAACAUAAAACCUUUUUCCCAACCUCCACUCUGAAUCCACUGCCCACAGACAACCGAUGUUAAAAGUCUGGUAUAUAUUCUUCCAUUCCUUUUUUAAAGAAACUUGUGCAAAGACACACAAAGACACACACACAGUAUUUGUUUGUACAUUUUACAAAAAUGGGGUUACAGAAAACAUUACAUCAACUUAACAUGCACUUUGUCAUUCGGCCCUCAUUGUAAACCCACAGAAACUGAGAUUCCGUUACAGCACACGGUCAUCAUGGUAAGUGGCAAAGUAAAACUCAACUUGGGUUCUGUCUGGUUUAUCCUGUAGGCCCCAGAAAGCCAUUGGAGGUUUAAAGAGACAUGGUCGGACCCUUCUGAUGACAGGGCAGGGUAGGAAACAGAUCUGAUAACAGAGGGCUGCAGUGGUCUCGGGAAGAUAUGGGGGGCGUGAAGGUAGAUAAGAUUCAAGACACGUUUCAGGGGUAGGUAAUGACCAUUUAGAAUGACUACAGUGUUUGGUCUUGGGUCAACGCGGGAUGAGGCUAUUCUCUGACUCCACCUUUUACUUCCGGGUACCUGAGGUCACAGAGAGAUUCGGGCUCUUUGCAAUUCUAGAACACAUCAGCUCUAGGAGGGGAGCGGAUCUUGGCAUGGGACAAACCAUUAUGGCGGGGUGAAAAUUUUUAAAACUUUAUUACAAACUCUUCACAUUCUUGGACCUAAGUCUUUUCUGACCAUUCUUGUUUCUUCCCGCUGUCAAGGCCUUUCAACACUGUAGCAGGUUCGCUUAUGUCCCGGGGCCGAGGGAAGGGACCUUCCUGGUACAUUCCCUCCCACCCCUACUAUCUCUGUAAGUUAGAACAGUCUCAAGGUAAAAGCCUCCAGAGUUGGCCCCAAGGUUCAUUUUUCCAGGAGCUCUUGGAGGAAGAGAGGUGCCGUGACUCUUUGGGUGUCUUAGGCAGGGGCAGUAAGUACCUACGGUAGGCGGGUUUGGUCAGCAGGUGUGGUCAGCCUGCCCCUCUUCCGGCCCCUAGCUGGAGACGUAAGGGCUGGUGGGAGUUAUCCUGGGAGGAGCGAGGAUCUGAAGAGGCAGGGGAAGGCAAGCAAAUGGGAGGAGACUGAGAGGGAGGGGAGGAGCUAAGGGUGAAGGGAGAGGCUAAGGGAAAGGGGCAAUGGUCACUGGUUGAUUCGUUCCCCCAGAGCCAGCCAAGCUCCUAAAGCCUUUGCAGUCAUGGCCUUAAAACCCGAGGAUCCCUCUGGGGGAUUCCAGCACGGCAAGGUGGUGGACUUCAUUAACAAGAAAAUGGCCAGACAUGUGAAAGGCCUUGAGUUCUACGUCGAGAAUACAUCUCUGUCCUGGGUAGAGGUGGAAGACAAGCUCAAGGCCAUCCUGGAGGACAGCGCGAUGCCCAGCAAGGCCAAAGAGGCCUGUGCCUGGGGCAGCCUGGCCCUGGGUGUGCGCUUUGCCCGCAGGCAGGGCCAGUUAAACGCGUGCAGGGUGCAAUGGCUACAUGAUUUCGCCAAACUGCACAAGUCUGCUGCACGGGCCUUGGCCUCGGACUUGAAGGAGCUUACGGCGCAGCAGGAGAUGGAGCGCAAAGAGGCUGCCUACCAGCUGCAGCUGACUCAAGCUAAACUGGAAAAGGUGCAGAAAGAGAGGGACCUGCUGAGGUGCCAGCUCUUCCAAGUAAGAUUACCCCACGUGAUCCCUGCCCCAUCUCCUUGCCUCGCCUUUGUCUAUGGGCCCCGCCCCCAGAACAGGUCUCAUCCUGCUCACUUCUCUCCAGGAACUGCGGUCUCCCCAGGUGCAGGAGCAGAUCGCAGAGGGGCCAGACCUGGCCACUGCCAGUGGGACUGGGACAGAAAGAGCAGGUGAGGAGGUAGACCAGGUGGGGGUGCUGCAGCAGGAGGAGGAAGACAGAUGCUGAGGAUGAGGAGGGAGUGGAGGGGGCGGAGACCAAAAAGGAGUUGGGUGUAUAUCUCUUGCAGCU